AUGGGCCGCGACCAGAACAGCCAAAACUUCGCCUGGGUUGGCGGCCAAGACCCUUGCACCAAAGCCGUCUUCAUCGGCGACGGAUGCAACGAGGUCAGGCAAUUCAAAGACAAUCCCAACCUCUUGUUCGAGGUCAGAGGGUGUGGCAUCCUCGACCCAAUCACCAAUAGCGAGAGGACCAGGGAGAUCUGGACUUUCGGGGCUGAUCAAACCGCUGAUCAGGCUACUCUGCUGUCCAGCUGUAAUGUUGUUGCUCCGCCGAGGCUGGGGUGUGGAUUCUUCUCCGACAAGAAUUUCAUUCAGAACUUCGGUUGCGAUUUCUAG